UCGGCUGUCAACAAUCCGCGGCGUUGGAAGCCAGAGAGGUGCAUUGGGCCAUCAUCCCCGUUUCUCCUCAGUGAUUCCGCGUGAAAUCAACGGGUGAUUGUCACUACCGGGACAACUCGGGCGAAUAAUGAGUGGAAGAGACCUUAGAAUGUUCAUCACAAAUCAUAGGGCAGAAGAUGCAGAGAAGCUGGUUAUAAGAAUAAAAAAUGGUCUUGGAAGUCAGAAAUACAAACCAAUUGAUUAUGAACAACUUCAAGCCUUCGUUGAAGCCAAAAGAAUGGCAUGCCUUAAUACUGAUCGUAAGAUUCAGAAAAUUUUACAAGCAGCAAAGACGAACAAAGAAAAUACAAUUAUUAAACAGCAUCAGCAAGCAUGGUGGCAGGAGCAUUCAAAACUUUUGGAAGCUAGGGAAAAGUUAGAAUUGCAUCUUCAGAACUUCCUUGAAGUUGGAAGCUUUGAGAAUGAAUUCCAUUUUGAAAUGAAGAAGUAUGGUAUAUUGUUGUGCAGAGACCAAGAAGUCUUCAAAAUAGCUACAGUGGAUCCCAUCCUACAAUUAAAGAGAGACUUGAAACAAAAACAAAUUGAAAUGCAGCAUUAUACUUUGCAGAAGGAUGGAUUUAAUUCCAGUCAGAUAUUAAAAGAGGUGGAAUACGUAAAAGAACAACAGAAGACCAUAAUAGACAAGCUUGAACAAGAGAGACGGACCUUAGAAGAAGAAAUCAAAAAUAUUGAAUUCGAGGAGCUCGCUAAUUUUCCUUCAUCUGGGAGUGAAGGAUCUGUUUGGGGAGAUGGAGUUCAGCAACUGGAUGACAUCAGAAAGGCUAAAGAAAUCCGGCAUAUCAACAUCAACCACUUUUUAUCGAUGCACCAUAGAAAACAUUCUAUCUGGAUGCAUCAGAACCUGAAAGAAAUUCCCCCUCAUCUUGAUGACAUUCCAGAGGUUCUACAUUAUUUGAAAUGCCCCUAUCCUGGGUUAAAGGCCUCUGUCAUGCAGGAGUUCCAGAAUCUCAAUGCAAAAUAUAAAUCUCAGCUCGAGGAGAUCAACCUACAACUUAAGUCUGCAGACAGAAAUUGUGGUUGGAAUGAAGAAGAACAUUGGACUUUUCAAGUUAUUGCGGAUUUGUAUUCUCAUGAGAUACAGAAUCGAAACAUGCUUUACCUGGAUAUGAUGAUGAGGUUGCUACCACACAAGUCGAAGCAAGAUAUGAUUGAUCAUUGGAGAUUAUGGGACACAUUUCAAUAUAAGAGAGAACGCUGGAAGAUUUUGCUUCAAAGCUGGGCCCGAGACAAGAAAGACCUACUGACAAAGACGAUGAUGAUAUUUGCUGAAGCCAGUAUUGCUCAUGAAGCUGAGAUGAUACAAGCAUAUGACAGACAGAAGCAGCAGCAAAUCUGUGCUGAAUUAAACAAAAAGGUUCAACAAAUGCGUGCACAACAGGAAGAAAUGGCUAGACUGGAAGCUGUUAUAGCUGCUGAGAAAAAAGAGAGAGAAAUAGAGCAACAUAAAAAAGAAGUAGAAAAGGAAAUGUGUCGUAGAGCUAUCAAUAAAGAAAAGAUAGAGCGAUGUCAUGCUGAGAAGCAAUGUAGAAGGGAAACCUUAGAACAAAGAUACCAACAGCGACUUGAAGAACUGAAAAGUGAAAUAGCUAAGCAAGCAGAAACAGACAGGGAAAGGGUGAAAUACAGACAGGAGCUGUUGCAGACUCGUCUUCAAGAAAAGAAGGCAAUCAUUCUGAAGAAAAUGCAAGAAGAAGAGGAACAUCAGAAGUAUCUUGAUGCCUACUGGCAAAAGUUUGCUGUUACAGCAGAGGCCGAUCCUGUCCGAAUGAUGAGUAACACAGAAGCAUCUAAAGCUCGGUUUGGAUUUGUAGCACAAGAAGAAGUGUUGCCCCAAAAACCACUAUAUCAUUUAUUUACAUACACUGACAAACAGAUAGUAUCUGACCCUCGUAUUCGAAUUGAACAUGCUCUGCGAGAAGCAGGACUUCACAAUACAUUUUAUGCAAGAGAAGUUUUAUCAAGUAUCCCUCCAGCAAGACCUCCAAGAAGAGAUAUGGAAUCUACUAUUUUUAAGGACUGAUUUUCCUUAAGAUCAGAACAGAGAGAGUUGGAACAAGGGAUUAAUUGUUAUUGAUGGUCCAUGUUAUAAGAUGAGUAGAAGUAUAUCAUUGAAACUGCAACUUUUGCCAAUCAACCAUCUACUAUGUCCUUAUUGAUUCUCACUGGCAUAUGCUGUCUAACACUAUCAUCCUUAGUGGCAUGUUUAAACCCACCCCUACCCCAACACUGUUGCAGUGAGCGACUGAAGUGGACCCAAGUGCAGGACACCGACACAUAGGUAGCAUUAACAGAAGUGUGUUUAUCAUAGUUGCAAGGAAAGCUGGGGAGCAAGGAUUAGCUGCUUAAGUAGACGUGAACGUUGGACAACAAACAGGAUGAGCUUACACACAGAGCCUAGACUUGGACUCGGACACAGAGCCUGCACUUGGACUUGGACUCAGACACGGAGCUGAGACUCGAACCUUGGACAUGGAGCUGGGACUUGAACCUUGGACACAGAGCCGGGUCUUAAACGAGUUACAACAAAACCAAACAAUGACACAAUGACAGGUGAUUCGUAUCUUGACUCGGAGUAGCAGCAAACAGCCUGCAAUCCUCAACUGGACACGAGACAACGGAAACAAACAACGACAGACAAUUCAUAUCUUGACUCGGAGUAGCGGCAAACAGCCAGCAAUUCUCAGCUGCCCACGAAAAUGACAGAAUUUGUAUCUUGACUCGGAGUAGCGGGAAACGGCUUGCAAAACUCAGCUGGACAAGAAAAUGACAGAAUUCCCAAAGCAACCCCAGGCACCAAAGCAACUUAGAGUCCACUAUUCUCAGCGGCCCCGAAUGUGCAUUGUUGCUCUGGCUGAGUUGACAGUCCAGCCCCAUGUAGAUGUAAGCCGGAGUUUUUAUGCUGCUGGUUUGUAUGAAAACCAGUUGCCCUAAGAGCCAGGUAGAACACAGGGAAAAGGAAAUUCACAGAAAUGAGGACUCAAUGGACUGGACCGUGACAGACAACAUCCCUGCAACUAUACCCGGCUUUACCAAUGACUUCUAAUUCUCCAUUCACAUAAUUCUGACCUAUGGUGUCACCCCUGCACACAGUUUUACUGUUGAUAACUGUGAUUUUAGAUGCUGCUAACUUAAAUAUAAAAUAAACUUGAAUGCUUGAGUGAGACAUUGAAUUAGUCAAGGUACAGUACAAUGUAGAAAAGUGACGACAAUGAUGAAGAGUAAAUGGAUCUUCUAAGACUGAUGGAAAGAGCAGAAUUUUUCCUUCUGCCUCAUAUUCAGAUAAGUCAUUGCCUUUUUGAUUGGCAUGUGCUCUAAUAACUGCUUACUGUAUGUAAGAUAAAUGACCUCAAUGUAAACAGUUUUGAAGACAUGACCAUUAUAUAUUAAGACGCGUUAUUCUUAAGUACAAAGGGAUGAUUAUUUGCUUCAGACUUGGGCAAGGGGCAUAUUUUUGACCUUAUCCAGUGUGACAAUGCAUAUGACUGAAUAUUGCAUCUUUCUGUACCAAAUUUAGUUCUUUUUUAUAAUAACCACUUUGCCUUCGGUGUCUGUUUGAAUCCCUUUUUAAUGGGAUUGAAUCUGAAAGGUUUUGAGCAAUCUAAUUUUUUUUUAGUUUUCAAAUGUUACAUGAUUUAUGGACAGGAAUUUCAUAAACAUCCUACUGAUGUAUAUUGCAUAUUGUACAUCAAGAAAGACCACAACUUCAAUAGAUAGAUGGUGGAGAGUAUAUUGACUGGCUGCAUCAUGGCCUGGUACGGAAACACCAAUGCCCCUGAAAGGAAAAUCCUCCAAAAAGUAGUCUACAGACCAGUCCACCACAGGAAAGCCCUCGCUACCACUGAGCACAUCUACUUGGUGUUGCUGCAGGAAAGCGGCGUCCAUUGUCAAGGACCCCCAUCACCCAAGACAUGCUCUCUGCUUACUGUUGCCAUCAAGAAAAAGGUACAGGAGCCUCAGGACUCACACCACCAGGUCCAGAACAGUUAUUACCCAUCAACCAUUAGGCUCUUUAAUUAAAGAGGAUAACUUCACUCAACUUCACUUUCCCCAUCAUUGAAAUGUUUCCACAACCCAUGGACUCACUCUCAAGGAGUCUUCAUCUCAUGUUCUUGAUAUUUAUUGUUUACUUAUUUAUUAUUAUUAUUUCUUUCUUUUUAAAUUUGCACAGUUUGUUGUUUUUUGCACACUGGUUGAAUGCCCAAGUUGUUGCAGUCUUUCAUUGUUUAUUAUUCUAUAGAUUUAUAGAGUAUGCUUGCAAGAAAAUAUGGAGACAUGUAUCUACUUUGAUCUUUGAAGUAAAACAUUAUUUUAAAUUUUGUGUCAAUAUGCAAAGCAUAGUAUUAAUGUUAAGAGAAAUAUUUCACUAAAAGCAUUUAAUCCGACAAUGGGGCCAAUUUCAUGGGAUUUAUUUCAUCAGAAAUAAAUUAGUAUCAACUAAUCAGUUGCAUUACAUUGAUAGUCAAAUCAGAACUUUCAGGAUAUACAGUAUUAUAUUAUACAACAGUACUGAAAGCUAUCAAUGUGCCAUAAUAAAGUAAAUAAGUACAACUGAAUUUCAUUAAAAUUAAGAAUUGUUUUUGCACAUCUCUAUUAAGUAUUUGAAAUCAUAAGCAUUAUUCUUGAAAUUAAUAUCCAGCUAUUCAGUCUAUCUGACAGGCUCAUGCAAACCUAGAAUUCUAUUUUUUUUUUACGAUUUA